GGGAUGUGGAGGCGGCGACUGCCACCUUCCCUCCCCUGCCGGCCCGGCCCUGCCCUGCCCGGCCCAGCCCGCUCGGCUCGGGUACUGGAUUGAGGGUCCCAGAAAGAACUAUACCUGCUACCUCCCACUAAGAACAAGUAAAGCCUGGAUGCUGUAAGCUAUGGGAAAUCCAGAGAAUAUAGAAGAUGCAUAUGUUGCUGUCAUUCGUCCAAAGAACACUGCCAGUCUCAAUUCUCGGGAAUAUCGAGCUAAAUCAUAUGAAAUUUUGUUGCUUGAAGUUCCCAUUGAAGGACAAAAGAAAAAAAGAAAGAAAGUUUUACUGGAAACUAAACUUCAGGGAAGUGGUGACAUAACACAAAGCAUUUUGGAUUAUGUAGUAGAAACUACCAAACCAAUUUCUCCUGCCAAUCAGGGUAUCAAAGGAAAACGAGUGGUAUUGAUGAAGAAAUUUCCUCUUGAUGGAGAGAAAGUGGGCAGAGAGGCAUCUUUAUUUAUUGUUCCAUCAGUUGUCAAAGAUAAUACUAAAUAUUCAUAUAGUCCAGGAUGUCCAGUUUUCUACUGUUUACAAGACAUCAUGCGAGUCUGUAGUGAAUCCAGCACUCAUUUUGCUGCUCUUACAGCAAGAAUGUUAAUUGCCCUGGAUAAGUGGUUGGAUGAGCGACACGCACAAUCUCAUUUCAUUCCAGCUUUAUUCCGACCUUCUCCUCUUGAGCGGAUAAAAACUAAUGUCAUCAACCCAGCAUAUGCCACUGAACCCAGCCAGACAGAAAACUCACUUCAUAUGGGCUAUAGUGCAUUAGAAAUAAAAAGUAAGAUGUUAGCCUUGGAAAAAGCAGAUACUUGUAUCUAUAACCCUUUGUUUGGGUCAGAUCUUCAGUAUACAAACAGGGUAGAUAAAGUGGUAAUAAAUCCAUACUUUGGCCUUGGAGCUCCAGAUUAUUCAAAGAUUCAGAUUCCUAAGCAAGAAAAAUGGCAGAGAAGCAUGAGCAGUGUUACAGAAGACAAAGAACAUCAAUGGGUAGACGAUUUUCCUCUUCAUCGAAGUGCCUGCGAAGGAGAUUCAGAAUUGUUAAACCGGCUUCUCAAUGAUAGUUUUUCAGUAAACCAGUUAGAUAAUGACCACUGGGCACCUAUUCAUUAUGCAUGCUGGUAUGGAAAAGUUGAGGCCACUCGCAUGUUGUUAGAAAAAGGAAAGUGUAAUCCAAACCUCUUAAAUGGACAGCUUAGUUCUCCCCUUCAUUUUGCUGCUGGAGGAGGACAUGUUGAAAUAGUGCAAAUCCUUCUAAACCAUCCAGAAGUGGACAGACACAUUAUUGACCAACAAGGAAGGUCUCCUUUAAAUGUCUGUGAAGAAAACAAACAGAAUGACUGGGAAGAGACGGCAAAACUGUUGAAGGAAGCCAUAAACAAACCGUAUGAAAAGGUACGGAUAUAUCGAAUGGAUGGAUCGUACCGUUCUGUUGAACUAAAACAUGGAAACAAUACCACAGUACAGCAGAUUAUGGAAGGAAUGCGUCUCUCUCAUGAAACACAACAGUAUUUUACUAUUUGGAUCUGUUCAGAGAACCUCAGCCUUCAGCUGAAGCCCUAUCACAAACCCUUACAACAUGUUCGUGACUGGCCAGAAAUACUGAAUGAAUUGACAAAUUUGGAUCCUCAAAGGGAAACACCACAGCUUUUUCUAAGAAGAGAUGUGAGACUUCCGUUGGAAGUUGAGAAAAAGAUUGAGGACCCACUAGCCAUUCUUAUUCUCUUUGAUGAAGCCAGAUAUAAUUUGCUGAAAGGCUUUUAUACAUCUCCUGAUGCUAAGUUGAUAACACUGGCGAGUCUACUGUUGCAGAUCGUUUAUGGGAAUUAUGAAAGUAAAAAGCACAAACAAGGUUUCCUCAAUGAAGAAAAUCUAAAAUCCAUAGUUCCAAUCACCAAACUGAAGAGUAAGGCACCUCACUGGACAAAUAGAAUACUUCAUGAAUACAAGAAUCUUAGCACAAGUGAAGGUGUCAGUAAGGAAAUGCACCACCUUCAACGCAUGUUCUUACAGAAUUGCUGGGAAAUUCCCACAUAUGGAGCAGCUUUUUUUACAGGACAGGUAUUUACAAAAGCAAGUUCCAGCAGCCAUAAAGUCAUUCGGGUUUAUGUAGGCGUGAAUGUAAAAGGACUACAUCUCCUCAAUAUGGAAACUAAGACUUUACUCAUCAGUCUCAAGUAUGGUUGCUUUAUGUGGCAGUUGGGAGAUGCUGAUACCUGCUUUCAAAUUCACAGUCUGGAAAAUAAAAUGAGCUUUAUAGUACACACCAAACAGGCAGGUCUCGUUGUAAAACUGCUCUUGAAGCUUAAUGGGCAGUUAAUGCCUAGUGAAAGAAACGAAUGAAAGGCAAGAAAAAUGAUUCUGAAGGCGUGUUGUGAACACAGAUUUCUCUCACUGAAACAUUCUCAGAAAAUCAGCUUUACCAAGAUCUUUAGUCUGUUGUGUUAUGUAUGUAUAUUUUUAUUUUGUACAAAUCUGUUACUUUGUGUAUGUGUGUAUAUAACAUAACUGAUUUUUUUAUUCUCUGAUAUAUGCCAUUUUAAUUUUGACACCAAAAAAAAUUACUAGCAAAUUAUGUUAGAUAAGUUAAAUUUUAAACUUGACAAAGAAAUUUCUUAUAACUCUUAGAGAAUUUAGAGUGUAGUUAUAACAAAAUUCAAAACUUUUAAUAUGCUUUUUUGAAGUAUUAUACCAGAAGAUACUUGAAAUUUUAAAAUUUAAUGAAAUAAAAAUGUAUUUUCUAUACAUAAACCAUGCAACAGUAUUAUGUAAGACAUUUUACUGUAAUCUGAAAAUUUUGUAACUUUUUUCUAGAACUUUGGUUAAAAAGUGUGUCUAGCUUCUAAAGUGUUUGAGUUUAUUUUUCUUCCCCUUGAAUCCAGAGGAUAAUUUUGUUGAUUGUUUUAAAAUUAAGUGCAAAUUUUGUAAAUGACGGCUACUAGAUUGUCAUGAGUUGUGUCUUGUUGGUACCUGAAUUAUUUUUAUGAAUUAAUUGUUCUUUUAUGGUGCAGAAUAGGUAUAUCAUCAAAAAAUUAGUUACUUACUUCAGUUAAUUCUGAUGUGAAAGUUGAAUAACUCGAUUAUUCUAUGCUUAACUUGGAAACUGUAGGCUUUCAACAACUAAAAAAAAGUGUUUCCAAGGCAAUAAUGUUAGUUUUAGCCGUUCUGCAGAGUCUGAAUACACACAUACACAAAUGUGUGCAUGCAUACACAUACGCAUAUACAUACACGCACACACAUAUGCAUUUAUAUAACCUCUGCUUUUCAAAGUAGCAUUUUAAAGUAGUGACAUGUCUAACACUCAGAAAUGACUUGAGUAAAGUUCCAUUUGCUAAUUUUAUAGAAUGAAUUCUAAAUUUUCAGAGGAGAGACAGAGUUUAUAUAAUUUCUUAAUUCAGUCCUAAGAUAUUCUUCAUUCAGCAGACAUUAUUUAUUCAUGCCUGUUACAUUUGUAUCAGACAAAAAGUUAUAGUGCUGAGUGUUACAGGAGAUACAAAUCUGUGUCAGUGCCCUAAAGGACCAUACCAUACAGAAAGCUUACCUAAGCUCACAAAGCAAUUAAAUCUCAUUUGAAUAGCUUGUGUGCUUACAAUAAAGGAAAGAAGCGCAUUCCAACGUUAAGCUUUAAACAGAGGUACAAAGGUGGGAAAGUGGAAAGGGUGAUCGGAAGAGGUAGUGGGUAAAUUGGUUUGGCUGGAUGAAGGGUUUGUGGAAGGUACCACUGGGAUGUUAAAGCUGCUUUAGGUAUUUAAAUAUAACUUGUUUUCUCAACUUCAAAAUGUUAUCCAGGUGAUUCAUUAUGUAAAAUAUUGAAAGCCAUAUUCUUAAAAAAUCACAUAAUUAGCAUAAUAAAUAUUUUCCUUAUAAAGAUGUUAAUAUAUUCCUGAGUAUUCCUAGUUAUUAAUGUUCUUCAGCAAGAAUAUGUGGGUAAAACAAAAAAAUAAAGAAAAAUUUUUUAUUUCAAUCAA